UGCGCAUGCGCCCCCGGGGGCUCGUGAGGGGAAGGGGGGCCGUCGAGGGCCGCGGCGCUCAGUACAGCACCGCGCCUCAGCGGCUUUAAGGACGGAAAGGCGGGGCCCGGGAAGACCCAAGGAAAUGUCUGGAAACAACUGGUUUGGGAGUUCGCAGGUCCCCAGCUUUGCGCAAAUGCUGAAAAAGAACUUGCCGGUUCAGCCGCCUUCAAAGAUUGUGAUUGUACCCUCCGAAUCUCCGGUAUCUGAACAUUGCAGUACUUCCAAUUUGGCAUCCAAGAUUACAACCGUCACAGGUAAUUUUCCGAAUCCCCAGUUGUCCAGAAUAAUUCCUCCGAAUUCCAGUGCUGUCCUUCCUCCAAAGAAAAUCCCGAAGGAAUUUAUUAUGAAGUUCAAGCGUGGAGAGAUAAACCCAGUGUCAGCCUUGCACCAGUUUGCCCAAAUGCAACGUGUUCAGCUUGAUCUUAAAGAAACUGUAACUACAGGUAAUGUUUUGGGACCUUAUUUUGCUUUCUGUGCUGUGGUGGAUGGCAUUCAGUACAAGACUGGCUUGGGACAAAAUAAAAAAGAGGCUAGGUUCAAUGCGGCAAAGCUGGCUCUUGAUGAACUUCUGCUUCCGGAGAAUCCUGAACCAGAGGAUUUAGAAACACCAGGUCCUGUCCCCGUACCUGAGGAGCCUGUUGUUGAACCUGAAUCAAAAUAUACCCCAGUGAGUCAUUCCGAAGGGAGACAUCAGCACUACGAAAAGAUCUGUGGCAUCAUCAAGGAGACAUUUGAUCAUUUAAUUGCUAACCAUUCAGAGUAUCAGAGUUGUAGCCGUUCAUUGGCUGCUUUCAUAGUUGACGGAGGUGGACAAUGUGAAGUUGUAGCUUUUGGCACUGGAGAAUACAAUUACAGCCAAGGCAUUCAACGUGAUGGGAGAGUGUUACAUGACACACAUGCUAUUGUUACCGCAAGACGCUCUCUUCUCAGGUACUUUUAUAGACAACUUCUACUGUUCUACAGUAAAAAUCCCAUCAUGAUGGAAAAAUCCAUUUUUUGCACUGAACCAGCAUCUAAUUUACUUGCUAUAAAGCAGAAUACAAACAUUCACCUGUAUUUGAAUCAAUUACCAAAAGGAUCUGCUCAGAUAAAGUCGCAGUUACGUCUCAAUCCUCAUUCCAUAUCUGCAUUUGAGGCUAAUGAAGAACUGAGUCUCCACGUGGCUGUGGAAGGCAAGAUUUAUCUAACCGUAUAUUGCCCUGAAGACUGUAAUGGUAGAAUAAGCAGUAUGUCCUCAAGCGACAAAUUGACAAGAUGGGAGGUGCUCGGUAUCCAGGGAGCACUGCUGAGUCACUUUAUUCAGCCAGUUUACAUCAGUAGCAUACUUGUUGGCAAUGGAAGCUGCAGUGACACUAGAGGAUUAGAAAUAGCUAUAAAGCAGCGUGUUGAUGAUACUCUUACUUCAAAACUUCCUAUGUUUUACUUGGUGAACCGACCUCAUAUUAGUUUGGUUCCUUCUACGUAUUCAUGCGACAGCGAAUUGGAAUACAAAUCAAUUAGUCUGAAUUGGACCCAAGGGGAUAUUUCUUUGGAAAUUGUUGAUGGAGCUAGUGGAAAGAUCACAGAAAGUUCUCCAUUCAAAAGUGGCAUAUCAAUGGCAAGUCGGCUUUGCAAGGCUGCAAUGUUAAGUCGCUUCAAUCUUCUUGCCAAAGAAGCUAAAAGAGAACAUUUACUUGGCGUUAAAACAUACCUUACAGCAAAAGGCAUGUCAGGACCUUACCAAGAAGCAAAAACACUGUUGAAAUCCUAUUUAAAGCAACAUGGCUACGGGUCCUGGAUUGUCAAGUCUUCAUGUAUUGACCAGUUCAGCAUGUGAUUUAAGGGAGUAGCACUCGUUGCAAUUUUGUAGGUGUGUUUUUCCAGCAAACUUGUUAAAGAUAUUGCUAAUUUUCAGCUUUCAAAUCAGUGUCAUAAAACAGCAGUGUUAUAUGAUUGCUGAAACUUGCCAAUUUCCACUACAUAGACUUUUUAGUAAAGCAGUUUACCU